AUGGCUGCCACUGUACGCCAGCCGCUCGGAGGCCUAGAUGCUACUCGAUUGCAAAGCAUAACUAGCAUGAAGAAUCGUCAAAAUGCUAUUGUAGCCUCACUCUCAUAUGAUAAGUCAACACUGUCGUCCCCUGCAAAACGCCGCUACGAGCCGUCAUCAUUCGACGAUGAAAAUGACUCCGAGAACAUCGACCCUUCCCUCUAUAAUUCCCCCAGCAAGCGGUCCAAGAAUCUCAAUGGCACGCCCCAGAAAGCAUCAAAAUUCGUGCUCACGGAUGCCGUACCCUUCAACAGGCCCAUAGCGACUCCAUCCUCGACGCGUUUCUCGUCUGUUCUAUCGAGGCCGACGCCCAUCUCCCUUCCAGUGACAACCAGUCCAACUCCAAUCAAUGUGAGCCGCGGAUCACCGAAAAACAAGCGAGUCGGCAUCCUCUCCAACCGCCGAAAGUCGUCUUCUCCAUACACGCGGGUUGAUCCACCCUCCUACUUCCGCGCAUCUCGCACAAGCUCUUCCGGCCUCCCAUUCUCCAUCGACGACGCCCUCAGCGGCACCAUCUCCAGCUACACGCCCAAGUCCCCGCUCGCAACUCCUCCGCUCGUGGAAACACCUACACCAGCGACACCGGCAGUCGAAACCGCGAUGCCGAAGUCCUGGUUCUUCGAGAUCCACGAAGACACGCCUGAAGAAGAAGCCACGAACCUGUUAGAGCACUCCGCCGUCUGCCUAGACAUCUCAAGCGACGACGACUGCGAGACAAAGCGCAAGGAUGAGGACAGGGAACGUGGGAAGGAGAAUAUCCCGCCGCCAGACUUCCUUGCUGGGCCGAUGAACACAGCCUCCGGGUCGGCUUCACUGAACAGCGCCCAAACCGAAGCUGCUGCCGAGCCGGUCAAGCUUAAGUCCCGCCGCCACCGCGAGAACGAUGCUAUGGAUGAGGAUCGUGUUGCUUUGGGUGAUCUGCCAGCUGCAGAGUACUACGGAGAGGGUCUGGACGCGUCAUCGUAUGUCUUCGUUGAUGGCACCGCACCGGAGAAGCCGUCGGGGCUGUCCAAGGAGUGCAAGGACUUCGACUUCGAGGCAUCGGCUGAUGCAUCUGCUGAGGCAUCUGCUACCGAGGUCAAGGACGUUCAAGUUGAGGAAGUUGUGCCACAGGACGCUGGUAGCGCUGCUGAAGUCAAGGUCUUCGAAGAAGCUUAG